AUGUUUUUGUUUGGUCUUAUUAUUUCAACCCAUUCAGUGUUACCAAUACCAACCGUCACAACCAUUGGACCAUCGCCACCAGCCUCUGAUACAUCAUCCACAGACUCCAUUAGUCCAGUGAUCCCAGCCGUCAUCGUCGUCGUUGUCGUGUUUUUGAUUGUUGCUAUCUCUGGAGUCAUCUGCUACAAGAGGAGACAAUUAUCUAGAUCAAAAGAUCGGGACCCACACCUUGACGCCCCAACAACUGUUCUCAACCCAAGCUUCACGACCUCCGCUAUGGACCAAAACGAUAACACAGAAUGUGUAAAUCCAAUAGAGGGCGCUUCAAAUGUUGCCAUGCCCUUGUCGUCUGAGGACAAUCAACACAACGAGUACUUCGAACUUCCCACCUCUGUCCCACCCACCAGACAGGGUAACAUGGUCAUCUACAACGAGGUAGGAGAACAGGACUACAAUGUCUUAUUUGGAGGCAAAGAACAAGGAGAUUAUCACGAGUACAACCUACCAGAAACUGCAGAGAAAACACAAAGCGGUCCUUACCAAGAUCUUAUGAAAGACAGAAUAAAGGAAGCAGUAACUUCCCCAACGGACACUUUGUUAAAAGGAGUUGAACAUGCAUUGAAUGAUGAUAAUGAUAAGAUCUUUCAGCCUCAAAAUAAAGGUGCUCCUACCGAAAGGGACAGUCACGCAUAUCAAGAUUUACGUGAAGACGAUAGCAACUACACUUCUGUACUCCGAGAUGACGGUACACCUACGAGUCCCGGGGCUAAACAUUUUGUUCCAGCAAUGAACCAUAUUUCCAAGACGCAGACUUUACAGGAUCAGGAUGAAGAGUACACCGAACUUCCAUCUCUAGUCUCACCUACCAAUCAUGACAACGGAGACAUCUACAACGAGUUAGGAGAACAGGACUACAAUGUCUUGUUCGGAGGAAAAGAACAGGGUGACUACCACGAGUACAACCUACCAGACAGUGCACAAAAAACACCAAACGGACCUUAUCAAGAGCUUCUUAAAGGGAGGAAGCAGGAUCUUCACUGUCAAACGAAACGUGGCAUUCCAAAUGAAACAGUCGACCAAGGAUAUCAAGAUUUACGUAAAGAUGAAACCGACUACACCUCCCUUCACCUAAAUGCACAAACACCUACGAAACCUGAAAGCAGUAGUUCUGUUGCAUCAAUGAAUAAUACUUACCAGGCGCUUCAGACCAGUGGUCCUGAUUACGCCAUCCUGGAGCCAAAUACGAAUAACCCAUCUCCUGCAUAUCCUAAGCCUGGUUCACUCCCAAACAAUGACUACCAAUCUCUCGCGAAAAAUGAAACUGGCUCCGAUGAUACUGCCCGUGGAUUCGAUCAAGGCGGAGAGUCCAUGAAACAGGAAGCGUUACAAGAUAACACAUACCAGCACCUAAUAAAAGAUGACAACUCUCCCGAAUCUAUGAAUGGUAACACCGAGGCAACGGAACAGGACAAGGAUAGCACAUAUGACGUGCUUCAACAUGGCCCAAAGACGUCCGGACACCCGCCCUCUAACGGGUAUGGUUCUUUGGGUAUGACAACUGAGACUGGAGAUCUUGAUAACGAUUAUCCCGGCGCAGAGCCAAAAGCGACAUCCGAUUAUGAAGUUCCGAAGCAGGACAUCUCCGAAGAGCCUUACGACCAUCUCCAGCGCAAGGAAUUGUCAGAAACGUCACCUAUCAAUCCAGGUAUAAUGACAGACAAAUCUGCUGAUGGCGAUGAUUACGAGAACCCUAGUGGUUCCCUUGUAGAUGAGACAAACAACUAUCAGACCUUGGACAACCGUCAAUAUCAAGGAAACGAGCAAGACGGUGUCGAUGAAGACUAUUCACAUCUCCAGAGGCCCCCGGAAAACACGGUCUCCCCGGGUCGGACCGGCGCUUCGGAUAUGGGCAAUCAGUACGGGAAGCUCAACUUCGCUUAUGACUCGAAAUGAUAGUACGAACAUACCAAGGAGAAGAGAAAAGUGAAGAUGAUAUUUUGAUUCUCGUGCUCAUUUAUGACAACUAAGUAGAAAACAUUUUGGUCACCAUGUACAUGAUUUAGUACGGUAGCUUUACGGAAAUGACCUCUCGCAAGUUUAAACAGAAGAGAUUUAAACUGCUAUAUUAUCAUCGAAUAACACUUAAUAAUAUGUAAACGUUUCUAAGAAAUAUGAGUGGUAGAAAACUGAAAAAAAUAGCCAAAAUCUGUGAUAAUUAUUUCCCUGUUUUUCAUAAGCAGAUAUAUAGAGAG